AUGACGCUGGAAUCAACCUUUUCCCCCUACCCCCAACCCCCCACAAAACCCCAGGUCUAUGCCGAGCGCUACCACCACCUCAAGGCGCCCCGCAAGCUGAUGUGGCGCCCGUCCCUGGGGGCCGUGACCCUGGAGGUUUCGUGCGGGGGUGCGGCCAUUGAGUUCCGCGUCACCCCGCUGCACGCAGCCCUGCUGCUGCGCUUCGCCGGCAGGGCCCCCGGGGACGCGCUGUCGGCGGGGGCCCUGGCGGCGGCGCUGGGGGUGCCGCAGGCGGUGGUGCGGCGCAAGGCGCUGUUCUGGGUGGACAACGGCGUGCUGGCGGAGGGGCGGACGGCGGGGGGCGACGUGGCGUACCGCCGGGUGGAGGCGCUGGACCCCUCGCGCAUAGUCUCUACCGAGGCGUCUGACCUGUCGUGGGACGACGCCGCCGCCGGCGGCCCCGCCCCCGGCGCCGACGACGCCCUGGCCGGCAUGGCGCCCUUUGAGAACUUCAUCCUCGGGAUCCUCACCAACUUCUCCGCCGUCGCGCUGGACCGGCUGCACAACCUGCUGCGCGUGUUUGUGGUGGGGGAGCCCAAGUAUGAGGGCCGCAGCCAGGAGCAGCUGGGGGCGUUCCUGGCGCACCUGGUGGCGCAGGGCAAGGUGGAGGUGGACGCGGCGGGGGUGUACCGGCGCAAGAAGGGCUGA